GUAGUUCGAAAAUGAAAGCCCAAAGUGAGGAUUCAGAAACUAUAGAACAUAGCAUUUAUCCUUCAGUUCCGACUGUCUAUGGACCAUCAACCGUUCGUGGAUUGAAAAAAGGCGAGCAAAAGCUUUGGUGUACUUGUGGAUUGAGUAAAAAGCAGCCUUGGUGUGAUGGGUCUCAUAUUGGAACACCAUUCAAGCCGUUAAAAUGGACAGUUCCUAAGGAUCAAUCAAUCCACGCAAUAUGUUCAUGUAAAUAUACCAAAUCGCCUCCAUAUUGCGAUGGAACUCAUGUUAAUCUUCCAGAGGAAGUCAUAAGGAGAAAAACUAACUGUUGUCGAACCCAUUGCUCAUCUAAGAAGCUAUGUUCAAGUUGUGGAUGGAUUCCUGAUUUCUGA